UUUCACUGCUUUUAUAUCCUCUAAUUAAAACAGUAUUUGUAAAAUGAAUAGGUAGGAAGUAGUUGCAAUACCAAAAAUUACUCAAGGUGCUUUGUAUUGUUGAAUAAGUAUAAGGACUGUGGCCCACAGGGUACAUAUAAAAAAAAUUAAAAAAAAAAAAACCAGUUUAUAAAAAAGUUAAUUAAAAUCACACCCACAUUUCCUUUGGCUAAGUUGAUUACGAAGACCCUAAUGUAGGCCUGAUCUUUGAGUGAAUCCUUACCUCCUAAGAAUGCCUCCUUUUAAACGAAAUAGUAUGUUGCUGAAACAACUUAAAUCCCUGUUUUUGAAGAAAGUCCUUUAAACAUUUCAUUUUUUCUGAUAUUCAGAUAGUUAGUGAACACAUUUAGUUUUCUGCUGUUGCAAGUUGAUCCAUUUCUGGCAAAAGAGACUCAAAAAGUAAAGCUGUAAGAUAUGUGAAAUAAAAUGAUGCACAGCCUUACACGUAUGGAUAUGUAUAUUAUGUACCUUUUGUAUAUAACACGUAUUUUAAAGAGAGACCUAGCAUUUUGAGAGAAUUAGGUCAGUCUCAACUCUUGUUAGUAAACAUCUAGCUCCACAGUUUUGGUUUGUAGGUUUAGUUUCCCAAUCCAUUUAGCUUAAAACUGGUCACGAACAGAGCCCCUUAGCAAAUUUACACUGACUCAUCACGUUUUCGUACACACUGUGCACAGAUUUUUCAGUGCCAGGAUUUUCUCAAGGCAACCUUGAAACUUUUGACCUUGCCCUUCUUUUCAAAUAUCGGAUGGAGGGAUGUACCGGCUGGGUUUUACAGGUCAGCGCUUCCAAACCUCAGAGACGUAGCGCGCUGCCCGUGAGAAAUCAGACAGACGCCUUCGCCCAAGAUUUCCAGAGCAUACAAUGCAGUUUCAACCGCCAACGCGGUAGCGGCGAGCGUGCGUCCCUCACGCGCUCAGCGCCCCGAGGUCACCCAGGGCUUAGGUCACGUGGUGGAACGAUUGCUUCCGGGUCGCGGUGGACGUCGCUUCCGGAGCAGCAUGGCGGCCGCCGAGGACGCGAGGCUAGCGGGGAGCGGCGAAGGAGAGCGGCUGGAUUUCCUGAGAGAUCGGCACGUGCGGUUCUUUCAGCGCUGCCUCCAGGUCUUGCCGGAACGCUAUUCUUCCCUGGAGACGAGCAGGUUGACAAUUGCAUUUUUUGCACUCUCUGGGCUGGAUAUGUUGGAUUCCUUAGAUGUGGUGAAGAAAGAUGAUAUAAUAGAGUGGAUUUACUCCCUGCAAGUUCUUCCCACAGAAGACAGUGAGAUCAAAUCUAAAUCGCUGUGGUUUCCGGGGUUCAUCAUAUCUGGGUAUUCCAUUCAAUCCAUCAAAGUUAUUCUUGGAGACGACCUAAGCAGAGUAAAUAAAGAAGCUUGCUUGGCCGGCUUGAGAGCUCUUCAGCUGGAAGAUGGGAGUUUUUGUGCGGUACCUGAAGGCAGUGAAAACGACAUGCGAUUUGUGUACUGUGCUUCCUGUAUUUGCUAUAUGCUCAACAACUGGUCAGGCAUGGAUAUGAAAAAAGCCAUCAGCUAUAUUAGAAGAAGUAUGUCCUAUGACAAUGGGCUGGCACAGGGAGCUGGACUUGAAUCUCAUGGAGGAUCUACUUUUUGUGGCAUCGCAUCACUGUGUCUAAUGGGUAAACUAGAAGAAGUUUUUUCAGAAAAAGAAUUGAAUAGAAUAAAGAGGUGGUGUAUAAUGAGGCAACAAAAUGGUUAUCAUGGAAGACCUAAUAAGCCUGUAGACACCUGUUACUCUUUUUGGGUGGGAGCCACUCUAAAGCUUCUGAAAAUUUUCCAAUAUACUAAUUUUGAGAAAAAUAGAAAUUACAUCUUAUCAACUCAAGAUCGCCUUGUAGGGGGAUUUGCAAAGUGGCCUGACAGUCAUCCAGAUGCUUUGCAUGCCUACUUUGGUAUCUGUGGCCUGUCACUAAUGGAGGAAAGUGGAAUUUGUAAAGUUCAUCCUGCUCUGAAUGUAAGCACACGGACUUCUGAACGCCUUCGAGAUCUCCAUCAAAGCUGGAAAACCAAGGAUCCCGAACAGUGCUCAGAGAAUGUACAUAUAUCCACAUGACCAACAUUAGAUUAGGAGGGUCAGGGGAUUUGUAGCAUAAUUGUAGCUCAAGGUUAAAAGCCAUGUUAUAGCCAAGUGUGCUCUUUUUUAAAGAGAUAGAGUCUUACAGUCAAUCCCCUACUGUUAUAUGUCACUUUGGUAUAUAAUCUUGAGCCAGUAACUAACAUUUGUACUGGGUUUCAAGAAAAUCUUUGUUGGGGUUUGAACCACAGCUGACUCUAUCGUGGUUCUUAAGUGUUUAUACUGUAUUUCUAAAAAGUUCUAUGAGGCAAAUUGACUGUGUAUGCUGGUUAUCUUUUUAGAAAUCUUAAGUACAAAUUGUAUCUUAUAAAAUGGACACAAAUCUUCAAAACAAGUUUACACUUCAUAGCAUUGAUAAUCUUCAGGAGAACCUUUAGUGAUCAUUUUAAAAGCUUGACUGCUGGUAGAAAAUUUGCUUUAAUGAAUUAAGUAUCUAGGAUUGUCCUUUACAAACAGAUGAUCUCAUAAUUUUUUUAAAGAAUGAUUUAUUUUGUCUUAUUCUUAAGUGUGCCAAUUAAACCCAUGUGGCCUAUAUAAAUGAACUAAAUAACUUCAUAGUGAAAAUAACAUGCUUACCUAAUAAGAUAGUUUUUUAAAGAGAGAUUGUUUAUAGACUAUUAUGUAACUGAGGGAAAAGUAAUUUCACUGUACAUGCUUGUGAAUAAGAAAGCUGUACUGUGGGGUCAUUCAUUUAGCUCUUGCUGGGGGGAAAUCCCAGUUAUGUUUGAUUUUAAUCUCAAAUCAUUUAGUUGCCUUUUUUCUUUCUUUUUUUGCUCUUUCUAAGAAGAAAACAAUCUUUUUUAUCUAGAAGAAAAGAUGUUUAGUGUUCUUGUUUAUUUUUGAGAUAUAUGAUAUUACAAAUUGUACUUUUAUAACAGUUAUUUUUAGUCACUUGGAUUUUCUCUUUUUUUUAAUUGUGUUGUCCCCUCUAUGAGUGUUAGCUACUCUAGUUUCACACUAGUAAUUUUCUUAUUUUUUAAGUAAAAAUCUAAAUACAACAUUAAAACACAAGUUAAGUCAGUGAUACAGCUCCUUACAUUGUCAUUUAUAUUUUUAUAUUUUUAGGUAAGUGGGAGGGAAAUACAGCCAUUUAGAAGAUAAAAACUAGUGUUUGUUUUUGCUCAUUGUUUUAUUUUUUUCUUAGUUUUAUUAACUAGCUAAUUGUAAAGAAGAUAAUGUUUAUCAAUAAAUCACAUUAAUAACAGUUUA